AUGGCGAUUGUAACAGGUGCCAACCCCAGCGUUGGGCUCAUUGGGUGGCUCACAGGCGGUGGUCAUGGGCCGCUUUCGACCAGCUACGGGAUGGGGGCCGACAACCUGCUUGAGGCCACCAUUGUCACACCGAAUGGGGAAGUCGUCCUCGCAAACCCAUGUCAGAACCAAGAAUUGUUCUUCGCUAUACGAGGCGGAGGUGGCGGCACAUUCGGCAUCAUCACUGAAGUCGUCGUUCGCACUUUUCCAACCCCGAGAACUACUGCGCAUACCUUCCAAGUCCGCUUCAAACACCCAGGCAGAAGCACUGGUUUCUAUGCGUUCUUGGGCUUCCUGCACGCAGAGAUACAGCGGCUGAAAGAAGGCGGCAUGCAAGGGUAUUACUUGGUUGUGGGACCGCCUAUCGUUCCUACGCUAUCAUUCUCCUGGACAUUCUUACUUUACAACGCUGCAAGCGGAACGGUCGAGCUACUCAUGGAACCUAUCGAAGCGUAUCUGCACGAGCGGAAGCAGAUUUUUGAAUGGCAGUCGGUAAUAUCGCACACGGAUACGUACCUGGAGAUGCACAAAGCCAAUUUCACGAACGAGCAAGUCGCAAAUGGUGGCUCGGCAUAUGGGUCGAGAUUGCUCAGUGCUGAGAGUCUGGCGAACCCACACCUGACGGCGAUCGUAUUUUCGAAGAUCGGCCCAACCGAUGAUGCCUUUGAGCCAAAUGGACCAGUAACUAACCCACUCCUCAUCGGCCACAUGAUAGGCGCACCGAACGAACCAGCUUACUACCCUCUUCAAAGCAGUCUUAACCCUGCAUGGCGGAACACUCUCACGCACCUUAUCGUCGCAUCGCCGUUCGGUGACACUGCAUCCCAAGCCACCAUCGAUGAUGUGUAUUCAGAUAUCACACGCAGAAAAACCGAGGCACUGCGGCAACUCAGCCCCGACACUGGCGCAUACUUCAACGAAGGGGAUAGCUAUGAGCCGGAAUGGCAGCAAGCGUUCUGGGGCGAAAGGUAUUGGAUGUUGAGGGCAGUGAAGAGGAGGGCCGAUCCAAAGAACGUACUUUGGUGCCGCAGAUGCGUUGGGAGUGAGGCGUUGGUGGAGACCAAGGAUGGGCGGUUAUGUGAGGUGAAUGCGGAGGGCCACGAUGAGCUCUGA